AAAAAACACUUUACGACAAGUGACAACAGAAUCAAUCAUCAUAGUAGAAACGUAACGUAGUACAAUGGAAUCUAUGGGCUUCCAUCAUUUUGCAGAGAGGAUCACUCGCUCUGGGCCUAUGGCGUUUCGCCACGCGCCAAAAUUAUCCGCCAUUGAAGCUCCUUUCAAUCACCCUCAACAAUCCUUACUUCUUCCCCCCCACCAGUGGUGACUGACACUCUACGACAUGCGUCCAACCUAAAAACGACAGACCAGCCGACCCACUUGCCACCCGACCCAUCAUUAAUCCGGUUGGCCAUUUUUCUUCUUCAAUAAAUAAUCCCCCAACUGCCCACAUAUCCUUUGAUCAAAAAGCUUUCUUUGUUAUCCUCCUCCCUCUCGCAGUCUCUCCUUCUCCUUGAUUCAUUUGAGGACAGGGUAGGGGAAGUGAUAAAAUGUGGUGCCGGCUGUUGUUGUCUUUGUCUGUUUUGUUUAGCUUCGUACACCAUGGGACUGCUGGCGUGACCAGUGAUUAUACUCGUUCUGUGUGGCCAUCUGUUGAUAUUCCUCUCGAGAAUGAGGCUUUUGCUGUUCCAAAGGGCUCUAAUGCUCCUCAGCAAGUGCAUAUUACUCAGGGUGACUAUGAUGGGAAGGCAGUUAUAGUAUCAUGGGUGACGCCUGAUGAACCUGGAUCCAGCCAAGUGCAUUAUGGCUUGUCAGAUGGAAACUAUGAAUUUAAAGCAGACGGCACCGUCAAAAACUACACAUUUUACAAUUACAAAUCUGGCUACAUCCAUGAGUGUCUUGUUGAUGGACUUGAGUAUAAUACAAAGUACUUCUAUAAGAUUGGAGAUGGUGAUUCUGCCAGGAAGUUUUGGUUCCAAACACCCCCAAAAAUUGAUCCUGAUUCAUCUUACAAAUUUGGUAUUAUAGGUGAUCUUGGUCAGACAUUUAAUUCUCUUUCCACCAUUGAGCACUAUAAGCAGAGUGGAGGAGAAACUGUGCUCUUUGUGGGAGAUCUUUCUUAUGCUGAUAGAUAUCAGUAUCACGAUGUUGGCGUGCGUUGGGAUACAUGGGGCCGAUUUGUUGAGCAGGUUGCUGCAUAUCAGCCAUGGAUUUGGUCUGCCGGGAAUCAUGAAAUUGAGUACUUCCCGUACAUGGGGGAAGUUAUUCCAUUCAGAUCAUAUCUACAACGGUAUCCGACACCUUAUUUGGCCUCCAAAAGCAGUAGUCCUCUUUGGUACGCUAUUAGGCGUGCAUCAGCCCACAUCAUCGUCCUAUCUAGUUAUUCUCCUUUUGUUAAAUAUACACCACAGUGGAGGUGGCUUGCAGAGGAGUUCAAGAGGGUUGACAGGAAGAAGACUCCUUGGCUCAUUGUCCUGAUGCAUGCUCCUAUCUACAAUAGCAAUGCAGCCCAUUUCAUGGAAGGGGAGAGCAUGAGAGUAGCAUUUGAGAGUUGGUUUGUCAAAUAUAAAGUCGAUGUAGUGUUUGCUGGCCAUGUGCAUGCUUAUGAGAGAUCGUAUCGCAUUUCAAACAUACACUACAACGUAUCAAGUGGUGAUCCUUAUCCUAUCCCAGACAAAUCAGCUCCUGUAUACAUAACUGUAGGUGAUGGUGGAAAUCAGGAAGGUCUUGCUGGAACAUUUAGAGAUCCCCAGCCAGACUAUUCAGCUUUCCGCGAAGCAAGUUAUGGACACUCUACCCUGGAGAUAAAGAAUAGGACGCAUGCACUGUACCACUGGAAUAGAAAUGAUGAUGGAAAAAGAGUUGCAACUGAUUCAUUCGUAUUGUAUAACCAAUACUGGUGAGUGGAAUACACCCAUCUUCCAGAUUUUUCCGCAUUAUUAUAUUUUCCAUAUGCCGCUUGAUUCUUUAGUGGCACACUGCCACUCCAUAAUUUUAGUGAACCACCUGAAUUUUCCAUUGCGUGAGUUGGAUUGUAAAGAUUGGUUAAUGAAAGGAUUCCUGGAGUAGUCGUGCAGCUAUAUAGACUCCAGAGUCUUUUAACAUCGGGAAUAGACUCUAAGACGGAUUUAUGCAUGGCGUGAAGUUGCACAAUGGCAUGUAAAUAAUUCGUUUUGAAAGUCGUUAAUGUUCUAAAGCAAGAAUUAUGCUGUCCACAGGGGAACCAGUAGGCGGAGGAGAAACCUGCGGAAGAACCAUCUUUCCUCUGUGGUUUUAAACAAGAAAGGUCGCGAGCAGCUGUGAAAGAAUCAACUUUCAAGCCUGGAGCGAUUAACCCUUGUACGUAAAUAUACACGUGUUCAUCUUUAUUCGUUAUUCAUUCUCCCCGGGACAUUAUAAUCACAGUACGUGGUGCCUGGGCCUUGAGAUGUGGUUUAGAACAGCCUAAAAAGAGAAGCAGAAGCAUGCUUAUUGGGCAGAAACUGACCAAAAGGCCUCCGUUUGUGUAAAAGUUAUUCUCUUCGUCCCAUUUUAAUAGGUUAUUUUUUUUGUCGAACAAAAAUUAUACAACAAAGUAGACUAGUAAAAUGAGACGGCGUGAGUAAUCCUCUCAGAGGGAAUGAACACCAGAUGGCGAUCCAAAGUAUAGUUGCAUUUAGGAGGAGUAGAGCUAAGGAAAACGGUUUAAGGUCAUUCAAAAACUAGAAAAAAGAAACAUCAAUGGCCCAUCAAGAAAACACCAUGAAGCCUUUAUCUCCAAAAUAUGAUCAAUUCAAAUAUCUUCUGCAAAAGAGAAAUAAGUAAAAAAAAUAAAUAAAUAAAAUCAGUAAGGCAGGGAAUAAAACCUAAGCAAAAAUCUCAAGC